UGGUUUAUGUAGUUCUGUGGGCCAAGGACGCACGGACGACCGGAAUUUCAAUUUUGUCAUCUAGAACAGGAACGCCCUGCAAACGUAAAACCUGUUGAACGGGAAUUCGUCCCGGCUCACGGAAGAAAGCAUUGAUGUCAUGCGAGAAAGUUUUCGCUGAAUUACAAAUUGAAAAAAAUAAAUAAAAAAAAUAAAUGACCACCAAAGCUCCGAAGAAAGCGGAAGGGAGGCAUCCUCAAACGGAGGGGGUCCGACGACCCAUUUUGCAGAGAAACGGGUCGCUAACAACAAUCUCAGCUGGACCACCGAGAGUAAUGUUCCUCCACCUCUCAUCGUACCUAACGACCAUAUCAUAAGCAGAUAGCUAAUCGUAGAACAAUGAGACAGGCUUUACUAUGCCUCCUGGCCUUACUGUGGACGAGGAUGACCCUAGGGGAUGAUUUGGAAUCGGGACGCAACUACUUGCACUCGACGUUGAACAGGAUCCAAAUCGACAGGAUGGAGCCGAAAGAAGAAUCGGACAACUUCAUUAACGACGACUACGGCUACAACAACAUUGUUUUCAGCGACGACGAUAAAUGGGAUACGAUGAACGUUACUGGAACUCAACCGGCUCAAAAUGCCCAUGAAGGAUACCAGAUCUACUCUCCGGAUGCAAAGCCGGACAUACCGGUUGAAGAUCUAAUCAAUUUGAUUUUUUCACCUCUUAACAAAGAAGAACCAGUGCGGGAAGAAACCAACGGAAAUCCAUAUCCGAGCUUGCAAGAUGCAGAAAUGAAACCGGAAAUAGAAAACGGGGCAAGUCAAAAGCCGAGUGGCUACUAUUACUACUUUUACCCGCUGAAGAAUCUGGAAAGCCUGAAGGACCAUGAAAGUUAUUCGGAUCUGCCGGCAGAGCUGGCCCAGGUGUUGAAGAUGAUUAAGCCGAUGAUGCCUAUGAUGCCGACGAUGCCGACAAAAAUGACCACCCCCAAGACGCCGGUCGGACCUCUUUUCGCCUCGAUGCUCUGGUUCGUCGGAACGGCGCUUGUCUUCAUCGUUUCUAUUCUUCUCAUGCCCAGAGUCAAAAUCGUGAAAGUCAAAUCUCUCCCGGAAGGUUUCGACAACGGGUUGGACAAAAUUGACGAUAAAUUUAAUAAAAUCAUACAGAAUUUGAGGAAAUAAUUUUCAAAUGACUUAAAUAUAUAUAUAUUUUUCCAAUUUAUUAAUCUGAAAAAUAUCGACUGAAUGUAUUAUAUGCCGGUCUAGUCAGUGUGUUUUAUUUUUAUAAAUAAUGUCGGACGGUGAUGGGCUUCGGUUUUUCUAUGGUGAUGGACGAUGUAAUUGUGCUAAUGAUUCGACCAAUUCAAUGGACACUUUGUUCGGGGAAUUUAAAAGGAACUGGGACGAUUUCUCUUGCACUUUUAUGUGCUUCGUUCCUUUAUUGUACUAAAGAUUGUGUUAUAUUUGUUUUUCAUGUGUUCAAAUAUUUUUGCAAUACUUGUUUUAUGUGUAAUUAUUUAUUGUACAAUGAUUGUACUUUUGUAUGUCAGGAAUUUUAUCAUUAUUGACAGUUGCACCAAAAUAAAUUAAACAAACGAUCAUUUUUGUUGUGAUGUAUGUGUCAUAUGGUAAGCUAAUUGCUGAAGAAAAACUGAAGUUUUUACA